AUGACAUCCUUCAGGGCUUUUCCUGUGGCACCAACCGAUACAAUCUCCACUCAGACGAGGUUACAAGGAAGUUUGAGGGUCACGCCAAAAGAGUCACUAGGUAGCCUUGCCUUCUCGAACGCUCUGAACGUACUAGUUUCUUCUGGCGCUGCAUGCAUAUUGGAAACUACAAUUACUUUCAGACAUGGCUUCUACUCUAAUGUGACUUCUGUUAUUUAA